CAAAAUCCAGAUAAUAGGAACAAGCAGAGAACACACCAAUGGCUCCUCAACACAACCAUGGCCACUGCAUCAGUUUCAGCCACUACCUCUUCUCUUCUCCUCUCUCCUUCAAAACCCACUCCCCCAAUUAAGUUUAGGUUUAGGUUUAGGGUUAGGGCUUCAUCUGCAAUGGCCACCCAGGUGGUGCCCGCGGUGAUCGUCGGCGGCGGAAGAGUCGGCAGAGCCCUGCAGGGCAUGGGCUCCGGAGACGAUCUCCUCGUGAAGAGAGGGGAUUCUGUGCCGCUCGAUUUCGCCGGACCCAUCUUGGUCUGCACCAGGAACGAUGAUCUGGAUGCUGUUCUUGAGUCCACUCCCAAGUCUCGCUGGAGCGAUUUGGUUUUUUUCCAGAAUGGGAUGCUGGAGCCAUGGCUUCAAAGUAAAGGUCUGAGUGAUGCAGACCAAGUUUUGGCAUAUUUUGCUGUAUCAAAGCUUGGAGAACCUCCUAUUGAUGGGAAAACAGAUACUAAUCCUGAGGGAUUGACAGCAGCAUAUGGGAAAUGGGCGUCUGCUGUAGCUGGAAGAUUACAUGCUGGAGGCCUUUCUUGCAAGGUCCUUGACAAGGAAGCCUUUCAGAAGCAGAUGUUAGAGAAGCUAAUAUGGAUCUCAGCUUUCAUGCUUGUUGGUGCUCGUCAUCCUGGAGCAACUGUAGGUGUCGUGGAGAAGGAAUUUCGCUCUGAGGUGUCUAGCCUCAUUGGAGAACUUGCAUCUGCUGCUGCAGUGGAAAAGGGGAUAGUGUUUGACGAAGGCAUGGAGGACAGAUUAUGUGCAUACUCACGGGCUGUAAGUCACUUUCCAACAGCAGCUAAGGAGUUCAAAUGGAGAAAUGGUUGGUUCUAUUCACUCUCCCAAAAGGCAAUUGCAGAAGGAAAACCAGAUCCAUGCCCACUACAUACAGAAUGGCUCAAAGAACUGAAAAUUGUCUAGAGAAAUCAAAGUUCAUCCAAUAUUUCCCUUCCCAUUCAAAACCCAAUGCCAAACAGAUGCAGAUUGCAGCCACAUUCAAAUGGCAGGUAUUCUUAACUGACAUGUUGACAUCUUGCAAAUGCCAUGGAUUUAGAACAGUUGAGACUAGAGAAUGUGGAAGUGAUUUAUUUUAGUUACAUUGAAGGCUUGUAAUCUAUCUGGAUUUUGGUUCUUGGUAUUUAUAUAAUAAUGUCAUCUAUCAUAAAAUUUGAGGCCAUGUUUGGAUUA